CCAGUGUAUGAAGGCUGCAGGCACUGAGGAGUGCAAACCCACGAAUGCCAUGUUGGACGAGUCGAUACAAACAGAGCCUCUCCUCCAAGGAGGACAUAGACACAGGCUCCAGUGAUGAUCUUCUCAUCCUCACGCCACUGCAGCGAGCAACCCACACCUAAACCCYGGCCAGUGCACAUGUGGAUGGACCCGUCCAGCGAGCUCCAACACAUUUUCUCCUCUGCCAGUCCCACUCAUCAACUCACUGACAAAGUGUGGCGUCUCUCAUCUAUGAGAGCCCAAAGGGUGAAAGAGUUCUUCCAUCUUAAGUGGUGUGAAUGAGACUACAUUUGUUGAUUUCACUUAGCUGGUUUUUCAUUUUCAUGCACAGCCUCUUCAUUUCACACCAGCACCACAGAGAGCGGGAUAAAAAGUUAACUGGGACAGCAGAAAGCUCYAGGGAAUAGAUCAUUAGAUUGGAGUCACUUUCUCAGGCACAAUGCAGUCCGAUGACUUCUUCAUCCGCAAGUUCCGCCGUCARAACGUGCGGCCRCCUAUUGCCGCUGUCAAUUUUGACCCCAAACGGGAGACAAGUGUGGUGGAGUGGCCCCCCAGGAGGGCUGGAGACGGUGCUGAUGCAGACAGCCUCACUCCGAGCUGUGUGGGAUUGACACUGAAGUCAGUGGGGCGGGGCCACAUCAUGCAGAGGAGUAACAGCGAUGUGACUCUGGGAGACUUGGAUUCCUCCGGGAAAUCAAUGGGGAAAAUAGUCCGAAUGGUCGGUAACAAAGUGGGCGUGGGGUCUCAGAGGGACUCAGGUGUGCUGCUGCACAGGGAAUACGGCAGCCUGUCGUCGCUAGAGAGACAAAGUCAAGCCCAGGAKCCGAGUGCAGACGGCCAGGGGCCCUUGAGUCCAAACGCACUGCGCUUCAAAGACCCCUUUCUGCUUCUAGGAUUGCACGAAAACCCUCCAGAGCCUGACAGCUUCUUUCGAGGUCUGUCUGCUUCUGCAGGAGACUCCCACAAACCGGAUAAACCACCAAAGCCUGAAGGUCUGAGUAAAAAGUCUAAACCUACUCCCCCUCAGGUCCUUCAGCCAGGUCCGUACGACAACCUCGGAGGAGGAGCUUGGGUGAGGAACUUUGCCCACUACGAYGUUCAGAGCAUCCUGUUCGACCUGACGGAGGUGGCCACGAACAGAGACAGCAUCGGGCGCAAAAAGAACAUCACCUCCGGGGCCUCCGCUGCCUCCCAGCUCCGCCCCCUCUCCCAGUCCACCCCCUCCCUGCCCGCGCAGGGUGGGGGGAGCAACGGGACGAACGCCGACGACCCCGAGCAGUCGCUGCUGCUGGACGAAGGUGACGGCAACGACAACGAGCUCCUCCUCAGCUGUCCCCACUUCCGCAACGAGACGGGAGGAGAGGAGCAGGUGGGUCUGGGUGGAUCCUCUGGCAGGAGGGGGCUCUGGUCCAGCCUCCGGACCCCCAACGAUGCUGUUUCCGUCCUGGAGGAACCCAGAGAGAGUCACGUCCAGCUGCAGGGCAAGAGCAACUACUUCAUAGAGCACGCYGAUCUGGGAGCUCAUUACUACCGCAAAUACUUCUACAUGAAAGAACACCAGAAUUUCUUUGGGAUCGACGAUCGCCUCGGUCCAGUGGCCAUCAGCUUCCGACGAGAGGAGAAAGAAGGGUCCAGCGGCGCUCAGUACAACUACAGAAUCAUCUUUCGCACCACAGAGAUGAAGACUCUGCGAGGUUCCAUCUUGGAGGAGUCGGUGCCCUCUGCCGCUCGCCACACCACCCCCCGAGGUCUGUCCCCCAAACGGCUGCUGGAGUUCAUCAUGCCUGAACUCAACCUGCACUGCCUUCGCUUGGCCUCCAACUCCCCGAAGGUCCGGGACACCCUGCUCAAGCUGGAUGAACAGGGGCUGAAUUUCCAGAGGAAGGUUGGUGUGAUGUACUGCCGCGCCGGGCAGAGCUCGGAGGAAGACAUGUACAACAACGAGAGCUCCGGGCCGGCGUUCGAAGAGUUCCUGGAUCUGCUGGGAGAGCGGGUGCGACUGAAGGGCUGGGAGAAAUACCGAGCUCAGCUGGAUAACAAGACGGACUCCACUGGAACACAUUCCCUCUACACUCGCUACCAGGACUACGAGAUUAUGUUCCACGUGUCAACAAUGCUCCCCUAUACCUCCAACAACACGCAGCAGCUGCUGAGGAAACGACACAUCGGUAACGACAUCGUGACAAUCGUGUUCCAGGAGCCGGGCGCUCUGCCCUUCACCCCCAAGUCCAUCCGUUCCCAUUUUCAGCACGUCUUCAUCAUUAUUCAGGUCCACGAGCCMGGCACUGAAAACACACAUUACAGGGUGGCUGUGACACGCUCUAAAGACAUCCCAUUAUUUGGUCCUCUGUUCCCAAAGGGUGCGCGCUUCCCUCGGUCGGCCGCCUUCAGGGACUUCCUCCUGGCGAAGGUGGUGAACGCCGAAAACGCCGCGGAGAAGUCCGAGAAGUUCCGCUCCAUGGCCACCCGCACGAGGCAGGAGUACCUGAAGGACCUGGCGGAGAACUACGUGACCACCACGCCCAUCGACUCCUCCACCAAGUUCCCCCUGCUCUCUCUCGGCAGCAAGCGGAAAGACAAGCUGAAGGGCGCCAAAGGAGCCGAGCUGCACAGCGCCGGCGCGCUGGUGUGGGCUGUGGUGGUCAACAGAGAGGAUGAGUGGGAGGCAGGAGAGCGCAAGCUGCCCUGCCUGCUGGGGGUGUCGGCGGAGUCGGUGGUGCUCAUCGAGAGGUGCAGUCGCAGGGUGGUGUUUAACUGUUCCUGCCGGGACGUUAUCGGUUGGAAGGUGGUCACAGAGUCGAAAGAGGGGGGGCCUUGCUUGGAUAUCUUCUAUGAGCGUGGAGAGUCCGUGUCAAUCAGCGUGUUAGAGAGCCAAGCAGAGGAUCUUAAAGAGAUGGUGCAAAGGCUUGAGCUCGUCACACGAGGCUGCGAGGCGCUGGAGGUCAUCCCCCUGCGGGAUGGAGUGGGGCAGCCCGGCUUCCUGAUGAACGAGGAGGGCUUCGUGACAGAGCUGCAGAGGUUCUGCUACGCAGAGAGCGGCGGCCUGCAGCUCUGGGCCCGCGUGGUGAGGCUCUGCGGACACUCCCUGGUUCACCUGAGCUCCGAGGAGAGGACCAGGCUGCUCCGCACCGCGCACAAGAUCCACAUCACCGUCAUCCCACCGGACGAGAACGGUAAACCUCGAAGAAGUUUUGCAGAACUGUACCAGAAAGCCAUCAAAGAUGCAGAAUGCAAGCCGGGCGAGAAUCAGUCAGGAGAGGCCUGGGUGGUGGACGAGAGGGAAGACGGGCAGGAGGAAGAGGAGGAGCGGGCGAUAGACGAAGAGCUAAAGACGGACGAGGUCGAAGAGGUGGAGCUCAUGGAGGUGCAGCUGGAGACAGACGGCGGUGAAGAACYGACGUGUGAUAAAGAUCAGAACGAGGACACUUACACGCUCCUCAUGCCGUCCGCUUUACCUUUACUGAGGGCCACGUCGCUGCAGGACCAACCGGCCAAUCAGAGCCAGGAGAGCAGCGCCUCCCUGCUCCCCCGCAGCCUGUCUCUGGAGAGACAGCUGUCCUACACAGAUACAUGUGAUGGACACAUGUAUGACAACGUGGGGUUGAAACUGGACCCCCACGUCUACGAGAACGUCAGGGAGCUGAAGGACGCCACGCCCGAUCUGAUUCUGGCUGUCAAACCCAAGGUUCCUGUGGAGGACGAGCAGUUCAGAGGCGCCGAGUUUGAUGACGACAGAGCUUCAGCGAGUGACUUGUCUCUCUCGUCUUCCCGGCUGUCAAGUGUCGACCGAGCUGAAAGAAACUCACGAGCCCUGAGUCUUCAUAACUCCAUCACCAAAAUUCUCUCUGAGACCACAGAUUCGACCGAGGAGGAGUGGCAGUCCAUCGCUGACCUGGCGACGGCGUGCCGCAGCAUCCUGGAGGCUCUGUCACGAGAGGACCGGAAAGCUGGCGAUCCCUCUCAGGCAGGAACGGAUCAGACUGAUGGCAAGCUGAAGGACUUGAAGGACAGCGACUCUCCCGGCCACCUGGAGGAGAAGGUGUCGCAGCUGGAGUCCAUGCUGAAGAAGCUGCAAGACGACCUGCAAAAGGAGAAGGAGGACAAGGCGGUGCUGCAAGCCGAGGUGCAGAGCCUCAGGCAGAACAACCAGCGGCUGCAGGAGGAGUCGCAGAGCACAGUGGCCCGGCUCAUCAAAGUCACUGAGCUGCUAUGCAACGUCAACAAGCCCUGUUAGCCUCCCUGCUGCAAAACCCACGCAAACCGUCCAGUGCACUUCAACAGCCCCUAAUUCUGAUCGAAAGUAACACGAUUACCACUCUCUGCUGAAGCAGGGAACCUUCCAGCUGGAUGUAAAAGUCCAAAAAGAGAGAGAGAAUAAAAAGAUACAAUCAGCAUCCCUUGAUUCACAGACAGACCAGCACAGGCGGCUGUCUUGGUGCGCUGUGCCAGAGUUCUUCACUGGUGUGUGUGUGUGUGUGUGCGUGCGUGCGUGUGUGUGUGUGCGUGCUUCAGAUACUUGAAAAGCUCUGCUGAGUAGCACUUACAUAGAAAGUGGCAAUUAAUUCUGAGCGGCACUGUAUAGCAUGUUUUACGGUGUCUUACCAUGAAAUGACCAAAAGUGUACAUAUCUAUAUAAGACGAUCCAGUAUCAGCAGUAAUAUAUGUGAGUAGUAAUGCUUCUCUUCUCUGUCGGACAUGUAGUUGCAGUUUCUGAGUGUGGUUUCGUGCUGUGGAAGGCUGGAAUGUGUAAAACGAAAUAUUAAAUAAAAAGUUAMGUGACAUUUACGAGCCUGUGGGCAGCCUUCUACUUGAAACGAUGUAACGAUGCUUACUGACUCGCCUCCGAGCGAGGUCUGUGAUGUAAAAAAAACAAAAAAAACGUCUUUCUCUUCUCUCUUCAGUAGUACUGUAUUUAAAUGAUGUCUUUAGGAAGAGACGACGGGGGAAAACAGGCGAGAAAAGGUCAAAAAUGAACUCUUGGACAUAUGUUUAAAAAAAUGGGGACCGUGGGGGGAAAAGGUUAUACCUCUCCUGAAGACGCAGACUCUGGCAGGAAAGAACUGCUUCCUUCCACGACUGCCUGUAGCUGUUAUCUUCUAACCUCAUUACUGUAGCAGCCAUAUACUGUAGAAGAUCUCCUCCUGCUGGUCUGAACCACUGAACGCCAAAACAGGCAAACUWUAUUUUAUUUUUAUCAGCUGGCAAAAUAGCUUUAGGUGUGUUGGAGGAAAAAAAAAGCAACUGGAAGUGGUGUUGAAAUGCAGAAUAUUGUAUUUAAAGAUGUUUAUGUCUUUGGCUUGAGAGUUAUGUGUUAUUCUUGCACCUUUUUUUUUKWUUUGUUUUGUUAAACYUCCACACAAUUAAGGCACACUGGACACUUGGACAGUCUCUCCCCCUCAGUGCGAACGGACAAAGGCCUGCUGAUGACAAACUGCUCRCCUGAACGGGCAGACGCCAAACGUCACUCAAACUCUGCCGUUUUUCUUGUACAAACUUCCUCCUGUAAUUUUAUUUUAGAGUCACUGUGAAUAACUGGUACCAGCAUUAAAACAACAACAAAAGAUUAAAUUGUGUGAAGAUACUG